UUUAUCUUUUGCACAUGAUCUAUCUCUUGUUGGAAGACUUCGCACACCAAAAUAACUUUAAAAUGGAAACUUUGUACCAUCAAACAAAUCAGUUGAUACAAGAAACAUCAGAAUUGUUCCAGAAGUUGGACAGGGAUCCGUCUAAUUAUGAAGGGAUAGAAAACGCUAUUCAGGCUAAAAUUAAUGCAAUUAGUGCAAACUGCGAGAGGUUGGAUAUAUACGUCUUUAAAACGCCGGUCAACCAGCGUCCUAUGGCUAAAAUGCGAGUGGACCAGCUGAAAUAUGAUAACAAACAUAUUCAGGCAUCCCUGAAUGCUGCUCAACAGAAGAGGAUAAAACGUGAACAAGAGCUGAAAGACAGGGAGCAACUGUUGAGUCGCAGGUUUGGUCAUGACCACACGGCUAUCAAUGUUGACUACCUGGCUCAGGAACAGAUGUCCUUGCAGAACUCACAUAGAAAUGUGGAUGAGAUGUUACAUACUGGUUCAAGCAUCCUGGAGACUUUGAAGUAUAAUCGCGAAACGUUGAAGGGGGCGCAUAGGAGGUUAAUAGACUUGGCCAACACUCUAGGUUUAUCAAAUGCAACCAUUUCUCUGAUAGAACGAAGGGUAGCUCAGGACAAAUACGUGCUGUUCGGUGGCAUGUUCGUCACUCUCACUGUUAUUGUACUUGUUAUAGUAUAUCUGACGUAGUUGGGGAUAGCUCUCGAAAAGGGGUACAUUCCUCUAUCAGAAUGCUAAUGCAAUAAUACUCGUUAAUCGAGGAAAUAAAAUGGUGCUUCUACAAACAACGCAUUUGGGGACUUGGUCACAUUUCAAUUGGAGAACAGUUUUUCCUGUUGGUUUGAUCAUAAGGAUAGAGGAAUGAACCCAGUUUCAAGUAUAAUCGCAAUCACCAGUCUAUGGAAUAAUUUCACAAUGAUUAAUCAUGCUUGACAGCUGAUCCGACAAGGCCACCAUACUCAUUAUUCUUGUAAUCUGUGACCCAAGACUCAAUAGUUAUGUUAUGACAAUAGAUUUUAGAUGCAUACGAACAGUAGGACUAGUAUCAAGACAAUAAGAAUGUUAUCUGAAAUUAGAUUGCGCUAAAAAUUGAUGCCAGGAUCACUAUAGCGUACAAGACUGGAGUAUUCGAUCGGAUUUAUUUAUUGGAUUAUUUUUAUUAUUUAUUAAAAAAAUAAAUUGUGCCUAAUGCAAAUAAUUUCGUAACAGACGUUAGAUAAAGACAGUCAAUGAAAUAGUGUGCAAUGAUAUCUCGUUAGCCAAUAAACUUACUAAAUGUUACGAAAACAUUUAGUAAUAGAAUUUACUUUGGACUGAGUUACUGUUGAAGUUUGCUAAGAUAACUUGUAGCAACUUUUUUGUCGUUGCCAGUAAUAAAAAUUAUGCCCAGUAGGACCAUUAUCAUGAAAUGCAAACAUGUGCUGCAGGUGACCAAAUAUCUCAGUUGAUUUGUUUUCUCUUGUCAUAUAAGUACUUUUUCUAAAAAACUUCUAACAUUAAAUAUAAAGGCGAUAUCAAGAUCUUUUUUAUGAAAGUACAUUUGUAAAUUUGAUGUUACCAAUAACGUGGUCAUUAGGAAAACCAUUGAAAGAAAGCUUUGUGAUAUCGACAAUAUUCGAUAAAGAAAUAAGUCAGUGAUACGUGUAACUACAAACACAACCUGUAUUUGAUGAAAUGUAUUAAGUAAUCAAUAUAAUUUGCUAGUUAAUGUUUGAAUUAUUUGAUUAAAGUAAAUAAUAUGUUAACUAUGUUUGUUAUCAGUUAUAUUACAUUCCUUUUGUUGAUUUAGAUUAAUUGCACGUGUUUGUGAGCCUACACAAUAUUUGUGAAUUCAAUAAAAUAGCUAAAUGUAAAGUUAUUGUAACGAUGUUAAUGUUAAGCGAUAUUUUAUUAAAUUUUCUAUUUUGGA